AUGGCUGAGUUAGUUGGAAGAGAUGAUGUAGAAUCAUUAGGAAUUGAGUUGUCAGAGUUGGGAAGGAGCUUAAGAGAAUCAUUUCAUACUUCUAAUGCGAGUUUCAGAAGCAUUUCAGCCUUAAGUAAUGGAAAGGAUGAUGACACUGAUGAAGAACUUGCAUUGCAGUGGGCUGCUAUUGAUAAACUGCCUACUUUCAAACGGAUGAAAUCACCUGUGUUUGACGAGGAUAGCGGCAAUGAAGCUGAUGCUAAAAGAAGACGGGUAAUUGAUGUCACUAAGCUUGGUGCACUGGAGAGGCAUUUGUUCAUUGAGAAGCUCAUUAGGCAUGUUGAGCAUGACAACUUUAAACUGUUGCAGAAAAUCAGGAAGAGAAUUGACAGUACCGGCAUAGAGUUGCCCACUGUGGAAGUAAGGUACAAGGAUCUCUCUAUAGAAGCAAAAUGUCAAGUUGUGUAUGGAAAGCCUCUUCCAACCCUUUGGAAUUCUUUCAAAACCAUGCUUCUGGACCUUGCAAGGAUUCCUGGUUUAAAGCCACAAGAAUCAAAGAUCAGCAUCGUUAGUGAUGUUAGUGGUGUCAUCAAGCCUGGAAGAUUGACUCUUCUGUUAGGCCCUCCAGGAUGUGGGAGGACAUCACUUCUUAAAGCACUUUCUGGAAAUCUUGAUAAAUCUCUCAAGGUUAGUGGGGAGAUAACAUACAAUGGAUACAAAUUGACAGAACUUGUGCCUCAGAAAACCUCGGCUUACAUAAGCCAAUAUGACAUGCAUAUCCCUGAAAUGACUGUUCGGGAAACACUGGACUUUUCAUCUCGUUGCCAGGGCGUUGGAAGCAGAGCAGCAAUAAUGACUGAGCUGAGCAAAAGGGAAAAAGAAGCAGGAAUUCUUCCGGAUCCUGACAUAGAUACAUACAUGAAGGCAAUUUCCGUUGAAGGACAAAUAACAACUCUCCAGACGGACUACAUACUGAAAAUACUUGGUCUUGAUAUUUGUGCUGAUACACUCGUUGGAGAUGCCAUGAGAAGAGGUAUUUCUGGUGGCCAAAAGAAAAGACUGACAACAGGGGAGAUGGUUGUUGGCCCUACAAGAGCUUUAUUUAUGGAUGAAAUAUCAAAUGGUUUGGAUAGCUCAACCACAUAUCAAAUAGUUGCUUACUUUCAGCAGCUUGCACAUAUCACAGAUGCUACUAUACUUGUAUCACUUCUUCAGCCAGCACCAGAAACAUUUGAUCUAUUUGAUGACAUCAUCUUGAUGUCUGAGGGGAAGAUUGUCUAUCAUGGGCCUCGAACAAGUGUUCUGGAAUUUUUUGAGUGUUGUGGAUUUAGGUGUCCUGAAAGAAAAGGAGUAGCAGAUUUUCUCCAGGAGGUUAUAUCAAGAAAAGAUCAAGCUCAGUACUGGUACAGAGACAGUGCAACGUACAUUUACAACUCUGUUGAUUUGUUAUCAAGGAAAUUUAAAGAAUCUGUUUAUGGAAAGAAGCUCAGUGAAGAGGUUUCUGGGGUAUUUUCCAAGUCCAAGAGCCAGAAUGAUGCUAUAAGCUUUACUAAGUUUUCCAUUCCUAAAUGGACACUUUUCAGAGCAUGCAUGUCGAGAGAGUAUCUUCUUAUGAAAAGAAAUUCUUUUAUUUACAUUUUCAAAUCUGUGCAGCUGGUUAUAAUUGCAUCUGUUGCCAUGACGGUAUUUCUACGGACAAGAAUGGGCGUUGAUGUUCUCCAUGCAAAUUAUUACUUGGGAGCUUUGUUUUAUGCUCUUGUCAUCCUUCUUGUUGAUGGAUUUCCAGAGUUAUCACUGACUGUUGCAAGACUCUCAAUUUUUUACAAACAAAGAGAGCUGUAUUUCUACCCUGCAUGGGCAUAUGCAAUCCCAUCUGCAAUUCUUAAGGUUCCUUUCUCAUUGUUGGAAGCUGUGGUCUGGACAUCCUUGACUUAUUAUGUCAUUGGAUAUACUCCUGAGGUUGGCAGGUUCUUCCGCCAACUAAUCUUAUUGUUUUCCAUGCACUUGUCGUCAAUAUCCAUGUUCCGUUUCAUUGCAUCUGUCUGUCGAAAUGUGAUCACUUCCACAGCAGUUGGUAGCUUAUCAAUGUUAUUCUCCCUGGCAUUUGGUGGCUUCAUUAUCGCAAGAACCUCAAUGCCAGCUUGGUUAAGAUGGGGCUUUUGGGUUUGUCCAUUGACAUAUGGUGAGAUUGGCCUUGCUUUAAAUGAAUUUCUUGCCCCAAGAUGGCAAAAAGUUCUGCCAUCAUCAAACAUGACAAUGGGACAAAAAACACUAGAAAGUCGGGGGUUAAGCUUUGAUGGGAAGUUUUUUUGGAUUUCAGUUGGUGCUUUGCUGGGAUUUGCAUUGCUCUUCAAUAUCGGUUUCAUUUUGGCCUUAAGUUUCUUAAAUAGUCCUGUUACUCGUGCUAUCAUUUCAAACGACAAGCUCUCUCAAAUGAAAGAAAGCAGUGAGCCCAUUCGCACAGCCACUAUGAAAAAUUCAGAAAGCAAUCCUAACACCACAACAGAAUCUGGCAAAGGAAAAAUGGUUUUGCCUUUUGAACCCCUUUCUGUGGUAUUUCAAAAUCUACAAUACUACAUUGAUACCCCAGGGGGAAUGAAGGAGCAUGGUUACACAAAGGAAAAGCUUCAACUACUUUGUGAUAUUACUGGUGCAUUUAGACCUGGUAUUCUUACUGCACUUAUGGGCGUUAGUGGAGCAGGGAAAACCACUCUUCUUGAUGUUCUUGCUGGUAGAAAAACUAGUGGCUACGUGGAAGGAGAAAUAAGGAUUGGAGGAUUUCCCAAAGUUCAGAGGACAUUUGCACGAAUCUCGGGUUACUGUGAGCAAACAGACAUACACUCACCGCAAAUAACUGUUGAGGAAUCAGUCAUUUUUUCUGCUUGGCUACGCCUGCAUUCCCAGAUUGAUUCGAAAACUAAAUCUGACUUUGUUAAAGAAGUCUUAGAAACCAUUGAGCUUGAUGGUAUCAAAGAUUCUCUAGUCGGCAUUCCAGGAGUUAGUGGUUUAUCAACUGAGCAACGCAAGCGACUUACAAUUGCAGUGGAGCUAGUAGCAAACCCUUCCAUUAUUUUCAUGGAUGAACCGACAACAGGAUUGGAUGCAAGAGCAGCUGCAAUUGUCAUGCGGGCUAUAAAAAAUGUGGCUGAUACUGGAAGAACAAUUGUUUGCACCAUCCACCAACCAAGUAUAGACAUAUUUGAAUCAUUUGAUGAGCUACUUCUGUUGAAAUCUGGAGGGAGCAUCAUAUAUGCAGGACCAUUGGGUCCACAAUCCAGUAAAGUUAUUGAUUAUUUUGAGGGAAUCUCAGGUGUGCCAAAGAUAAAAGACAACUAUAAUCCAGCAACAUGGAUGUUAGAGGUCACUUCUACGUCUUCUGAAGCUGAACUUGAUAUAGACUUUGCUCAGAUUUACCGGAAUUCUACUUUGUACCAGGAUAACAGACAACUAGUGAACAGACUCAGCAUUCCACCUUCUGAUUCAAAAGUUCUGCAUUUCCCGACCCGUUUUCCACUAAAUGGAUGGGGACAGUUCAAAGCUUGCCUCUGGAAACAAUAUUGGUCCUACUGGAGAAGUCCUUCAUACAACUUGAACCGCUUUCUUCACAUGGUCUUUACAUCUCUGGUAUUUGGUGCACUGUUCUGGCGUCAAGGCAAGAAACUGGAAAAUCAGCAAAGCUUAUUUAACAUUCUUGGUGCAAUAUUCAGCGCUGUAUUGUUCUGUGGCAUAAAUAAUUCAUCUUCGGUUUUACCAUAUGUCAGCACAGAGCGCAGUGUCCUUUAUCGAGAAAGAUUUGCAGGAAUGUAUGCUUCAUGGGCUUAUGCACUCGCACAGGUAACGGUAGAGAUUCCUUAUAUCCUUGCCCAAUCCCUUGCCUAUACAAUCAUCACAUAUCCCAUGAUUGGGUACUAUUGGUCUGCUUAUAAGGUUUCCUGGUACUUCUAUACAAUGUUUUGUACGUUGUUGUACUUCAAUUAUCUGGGCAUGCUCCUGAUUGCAAUCACUCCAAGCUUUCCGGUGGCUGCCAUUUUGCAGUCGACCUUUUAUACAAUGUUCAACCUCUUUGCUGGAUUUUUAGUUCCUCGACCGCAAAUUCCGAAGUGGUGGAUUUGGUUUUAUUAUAUAAUCCCUACAUCGUGGACGCUUAAUGGUGUGCUCACUUCACAGUACGGAGACAUCGAGAAGGAGAUUGAGGUGUUUGAAGAAACUAAAACUGUAGCAAAAUUUCUGACUGAUUACUUUGGAUUUCACCAUAAUCGCCUACCUAUUGUGGCCGUGGUUUUGGCCUUGUACCCGAUUAUUUUUGCAACUUUAUUUGCAUAUUGCAUAGGGAAGUUAAACUUUCAGAAGAGGUGA